CAAUAUCGAAAGAAGAGAUAGUCCGUUCAAUACCGGUACAGACACCAUUUACGUAUAUAUAAAUAGAUCUCGGUGCGGGCAAUUAGUCGUUCCACACAUUACACCUGUCUGCUGCAAAAUGCAAACUACCUGGAUGGUCGUGUUGACCGUUGGCUCGUUAUGGACAGGAGGUCAGUCCCAGCAAUUCGCGAAUCUGGCCACAUCAAUGGGAGCUGGCGAAGAAUCGUUGGAAACGUUGCGUGAAGCGAUCACGAAGAAAUUGGAAGAGACCGGGACCUCGUACGAUGCAUCAUCCAUCAUUCACAACGUGUUGGCAGCGCUUAAAUCCUCUUCCUUCCCUACGGCCGUUGCGAACAACAUCAGUCAACGAUGUCUAGAAGACAGCCAGUAUUACGUGCACAGUCUUUAUGCAAAUCGGAGCCUGUGGGCCUUACAGAUGCAAGAAUCAAGUGGGCAAUUACCGCCGGGAUUGUUCGGAGCUGGGAAUGUUCACGCCGACGGAUUGUUUGACGAAUGUCUGGCAGUUCGUGCGCCAUCGUUCGACGGCCAAUACUGUAGCGUCUUCUUCAAACCGGCGCUUGUCGACAAGUCUGAACUUGUCCCGCCCGACCCACCUGACGAGAACAGCCGCAGCAAUUUCAUCACAAUUUUCCAGCUUUUCGGCAUCUUAGGUCAAAUUUCAGGAUCCGGACGAGUUGAACCCAAAUUAUCCGGUGCUGAUUCUGGCACUUACGUUUUGCCCAGCGUCAGUUUCUGUUUGCCAUCGUCUUGCAGCGCUGCUGACCUGGGACAGGCCGUUGCCCAACUCGUUGGUCCUUACGUCUUUGGUAAUUAUUCCAUCGUGACCGUGACAGAUGAACAGUACUGUUUCAAAGAAGAGAGAGAUCAUCCCACUUUCGAUGGUCCCGACAUUACAGUCAUAAUUGUGCUGAGUCUUGUUGGAUUGUUGGUUACGUCAGCGACUGUUCACGAAGCCUGGCGGAUGUAUUUCGGAAUUGAUUUCGAUUCCAAGACGGACGGGCCGUUCGUGAAUUCUCUGCAUUGUUUCUCAGCACUGAGCAACGGCCGUAAAAUCUUGUCGAUGAAACAAUCGACAUCGAACGAUAAUUUCGGCUGCAUUCACGGCCUUCGAUUCUUCUCCACCUGUUGGGUCGUUAUCGGACACACCUGGAUCUUAGGUGCCUACAAAUCCAUGAAUCCCAGGGCGGUUAAAACGGACGCCUACACAUGGGGAAUGCAAAGCCUCGCUAACGGCACCGUCUCAGUUGACACGUUUUUCUUGAUGAGUGGGCUGUUGGUUUCCUUCCUUUUGCUGCGUGAACUCGAUCGCAACAACGGGAAAUUCAACGUUGGUCUCUAUUACCUUCAUCGCUAUUUGAGAUUGACGCCAGUGUACGCCAUCAUCCUCGGCUUUGUAGCCACGCUGAUGGUUUACCUGGGCACCGGUCCCAAUUGGUACAGCGUGAAUUUGGCGUCGUACGGAUGUCGCAUCGUAUGGUGGAAGCACUUCCUCUACAUCACCAAUUUGUUUCCUGGCGAUCCUGACAUUUCGUGCAUGGGCCAAACAUGGUACCUGGAGGUGGAUAUGCAACUCUUCGUUGUGGCCCCUCUUUUCGUUUAUCCGCUUUGGCGAUGGAGGAAGGUGGGCCUCGUUUGGUUGGCCACUGUUACAAUGGCCUGUCUCGCGUCCAUCUUUGCCGCUUACGCCGUUUACGACCUGUUGCCAACUUUGAUGUUCACUCGCGUAGGCGAUGUUUCAACUUCGGCUGAUUAUUUCAAUCAUUACUACGUUAAACCGUGGACUAGAGCUCCCCCGUACCUGGUUGGCAUCUGGUUCGGCUGGUACUUGCACGUCACCAAACAAUCAGAAGUUCGACUAGCCAAAUUAUUAGUAGCUUUAGGAUGGACAUUGUCUACGAUCGUUGCGUUAGCCAUCAUCUACGGGUUGACACCUUACGUCGAUCGUUCGCAAGUUCCCGAAAUCAGUUCGGCCGUCAGCAUGACCUACGGUCCUCUACAUCGGUUCGCUUGGGGUAUCGUCAUUGGUUGGAUCAUCUUCGCCUGUUCCAGAGGCUAUGGAGGCUUCGUUAACCGAAUUCUAUCGUGGAAGGGAUUUGUACCGCUCGGUCGGUUGACCUACUGCGUCUACCUCAUUCACUACGAUUACCUGAACGUCUUUUACGCGGCACUGAGGAAGCAGUACUAUUACACGAUGCUCGGACAGUUCACCAUUUGUUUCGGCGUUCUCCUCAUUUGCUUUGGUUUGGCUUUCGCGACAGCUGUUACAUUAGAGGCAUCUUUCUUGAAUUUGGAGAAACUCUUCUUUGCUCCUAAACCUAAAAGCCUGUCGCCAAGAAAUUAUGAUGUCCCUAAAGCCAUACCUGAUAUUACUUCAUUUUCUACGUACGUCGAGGCUCGAGUGUAAAACCAUGCGAAUGUCAGCCAUUUCGAACCAUACCCUCGAAUAAACCUGAAUUUUGAAACAUUUAAACUACCCCAAUUAUAACGUUGAAAUACCUGUAUUUGCUCAUCAGGGAACACCUGUGGGAGAAGAGGGAUUCCGAUUGCUCCACAUGCCCUUGUAAUGCCUAACUAUAUAGGGGAAUAAACAGACUUAAACCCGCUUAAA